AUGUAUGAUAUUCUUGCCGUUGACGUGACCGAAUGUGGUAUCGCUGUUGCUUUGGUAUCUCAGAAACGGUUAGUUCUUGACGAAACAGUCAUUGGCGGCAUUCGCGUGGUAGAUGAACGACCCACGAUCUCAAACGUUGAUUUCACUUUGGUGCCAAAUGUAGAGAUCAAGGUUUAUGUGAAAUUGAUUCCAUUCAGUAAUAAUAAUGAUAGAUUUGAUUAUUAUUCUUGUGAUAUACAACGAGUGACAGUUUCCCAGAAUGAUUUAGCUCUAGAUGGCAACUGGGUUAAAAAUAUUGUUCGAGUUCAAUUUGCAUAUAAUCUUUUCAUGUAUUCUUCAGAUAUUUCUUUGGGAACAUGUAAAAUAUUCUCGUAUUAUAAAUCACUCGGCAAUUUCAAUAUAAGGAAUCCACCAUUGAAGGAAUUGGCAGCCUCAUUCAAUUUUCUGGUAGCUGGUACAGAGCCAGGGAAUUUUCAAUUGUCUACAUGUGCAAGUGUCUACAAGCACAUGGUUGAAUCAUUAGAUCUUGAUGAAAGGUAUAGGUUUGAUAUUAUAAUACCGGAUGUGGAGAUCGAGUCUCAACGAGUUUACACUCCUACGGUAAUUCAAGGGGCACUCAAGGGUAAAGUUACAGCGUUCCAUAUGGAUCAGAAUGAUUUUAUGAUUGUGGGAUAUUUUAAUAAUGAAAAGGAAGCGACACUUCGUGCUUGGGAUUUAAGAAAAAUUCGAAAUCUUGAAAGCUUUGAAUCACAAGAAUUCCGAAAAGAUAUUGUACAAUACGUUGCAAAACUACCGGCUAAGGCACAAAGCUUUUCCGUGCGAUGGAGAAAUUCAAGUGGCGAAAUUCAAACGCUUCUAAUAACAGAACGAGAAAAACAAUUGCAAGUAUCACCAGAAAUUAUAAUAGCAUGUAGUGGAGGACGUGUUCUUAUAUUUGUUCCCGAUACUACAACACCUAAAUCAGAUGGUGAUAAGGAGUCCAUACAAAAAUUAAAUAUGAUAUGGGAAGUGAACACGGGAUUGAUAUCAUGUCGGCUUAUUGAUGUACAGAAUUGGUUACCAUGUAAUUAUCCAUCCAAUGGAGAUUGGAUUUUUAUUUCAGCCAAACAAACCAAGGGAGACAUGAAGGUUCCAAUAGUUGUUCAAUUCUGCCUUACAAAAACCUCGAAUACAGGAUCGUGUUAUGGUUAUCUUGAAAUCGAUGGGAAUAAUCCAAAUAAAGAAGAAGGAAUAAAACGACCAAGUUUAUAUAUGCGACUUGUACAUAGAAUGUUUACACAGAAAAUACCGCAUUCUGCAACUAUAGUUCAAGCCAUGCCGUAUCUUCCACAUUAUUUUUUAAUUAUAUAUCAAAGACGAGAAUCAGAUAUUAUUAAACCUCGGCCACGCUUUGGUUUAUUCAUUUACGAUUAUCACAAUUCAAAUCUCGUCAACAUAAAUAUUCAAUCAUCACCUUUAUUUUUUAUGGUGCCAUCCGGAUAUAUUGCGAUGGCAACAGAUGGAUUUAAAGAUGAUAUUGUAUAUAUCCCGUUUCCAAAUCUUAAAUCUCGUGGCCGAUUAAAUAGGGUCAAUUCUGCAAAUUCUAAACAAAGUCGACCAAAGUUACAACCUGAUGGAGCUAAUAGAAUAAAAGUGAACCGUGGGCCUGGCGGAAAACGCACAAAACAACCUAAGGGUACAAAAAUUGACAAAAGGAAACACAGAAAUACCUUUGCGUAUAAGUUGAUAUCAAAUUUGAAAGGCUUAUUUCCAAAAUUUGCAUCCACCCAAGCAUUCUUACUUCUCAUUCCUACAGCUGGAUAUAAUUUUUCACAAUUGGAGAAUGAACAUGCGUAUCCUAGUUUUUUAUAA